AUGGACGACUGGUAUCACUAUCUGAUGGCGGGCGAUGAUGUCGUAACGUGCGAAGUCUGCCUGGAGCCUUUCCAACCGCUCACCAGGCCACCCAAGAUUCUCCCUUGUGGUCACAACUUUUGCGAUCAGUGCCUCUUUCAGUCUCUGUUGCCACCAGCAGGGAGAAAUGUGGGGACUGCUGUCGUAAGCUCUCUGCGAAGAUUAUUGGCAAAAGCUGCGAGAUUCUGCCAAGAGUGCAAUCAGAAGGGCAGGAUGACUUUCACCUGCCUUGAGUGUUGCGUCAAUAAGCACAACGGUCACACCCUUAUUUCACUGUCACAGCUUCAAGCUGAACAGAUUAUACGAGAGGAGAUUUGUGAGAAUCGUUUUAGAAUAGAGAUCGACUAUUCCCCGAGUUUUCAUCGAUUACUUCGAUGUUUAGUAAUGAGCAAUCCAUCAGUGGCUCGAGGCUCUUCACGAAACGAGGACAGUCUUCAAGAAUCGUCAGAGGUUGCGGAUUUGAUGUUGCGAACAAGUGUCGUUCUAGUGUCGUCCUGCUCCCAACAAGUUCGAUCGCUUCCUCGUUCGACGAGUUUCCACAGCUCCAGCUGUCUGGACCUUCUCAUUCCACUUCUUCCCCGCACGGCGCUCACCAAAGAGCUCUCCGUUCUCAUGCAAGACAUUUCACAGAAACAUCCUGUUGAAAUGCGUUGUGAAGCCUUCAUCCGAGCUGCUUCCAUUCUCACCAAUAUACUUUACGAUGAUAUUCCUGUCGAGCAACUCCCUUUGAUUGGAGACGCUCUUCUUCAAUGUUUCUGCCAAGCGAAUUCUCUGUCGAGGAGGAAACCGCAGUUUACGAAAUCGCUUCCCAUUUCCAGAAAAGCGAUCUGGAAAGCUAUUCAGUUGGCGUAUACAGAGUUAAUGAGACAUGCAUCAAAGACUUUCCUAUCCUAUGAGCCAGAACGAAUCGCUAUCCUCGACGAUUUGGCCUAUCUCUGUAACUUGUACGCGGACGUUUGCGAUCAGGCCACUGUCACUAUCUGUAUGAUCGAAGCAGCCAGAGCCAGAAUGUCUGAGACGAAGCUGACCGAGCCAGAGCGGAAAAAGACUGCUCAACGACUCAAGGAAACAUACGAUGAUCAGAUGCUGGAAUGCCGUCGGUUGCAAAAACUUCAAGACCUUCGAACAACACAAAACCAAAAAGACGAAAAAAGGCUGAAAUGGCUCUGGAGGUUUCUUUUUCGACGCUCGAAGAAACGAACCUAA